AUGAUCGCUGGUCUCAGGUCGUCCUUUGCCUUGGACGCGCCCUGCUCCACGGUGCUCCUCCUCCGGCUGAAUCUGGCCACCAUGGAGUGGGGCGAGGCUGGCCGCAUGCCGCCCAAUAUGUACUGCUGCUUCACUGGCCUGUGCGAGGCUACUGCGCAGGCAAGCGCCAUGCCCGCCCCUGUUGCCAACGGCAACAACAAGGUAAAGGUGUUUGGGGGUGAUGGCAAGGUGUGGUUUGGUGGAAAGCGCGCCCGCGGGAAGCUCGCAAUGUGGGAGGAGGAUGACAUAGGGAGCAGCGGCGGCAAUUGGGACUGGGUGGAUGGUGUUCCUGGAUAUGGUGAUGGUGUAUACCGCAGCUUUGUGUUCGAUGGUGGGUUCACAGCAAUUCCAUGA